GAGCCGCAGCGGUGACGCCGCGCCCCCGGCACGUGACCCUGAGCGCCGGCGCCAAAAUUAAAAACAAAGAUAGUGUGGCGGCGCUUGAUUUAAACCGAUCGUCGCUGCAGCCCGAGCGCCCCCCGGCACUGCACGGCCCGGCAUGGACAUGGUCCCCGCUGGGACAGGUGAUGCAACUGAUGCGCUGGCUAAUCAGUCACUAAGUGUGGACGGCGAUUCCGUCAAGGUUUAUGUGAGGGUGCGACCACUCGUGAAGAACCCUGGACUGCCCUUGGAUGGAGACCAGGGGCUGUGUUUGACCGUCACCUCACCAAACACCAUCCGUUUCUGCUCAAAGCCGGAACCAAAGGUCUUCACAUACGAUCAUGUGGCUGAUAUGGAUACCACCCAGGAAGCAGUGUUCUCUGCUGUGGGACGGGGCAUAAUCGAGUCCUGCAUGAACGGGUACAAUGGGACCAUCUUUGCAUAUGGACAAACUGGCUCGGGGAAAACAUUUACAAUGUUGGGGCCCUCUGAGGAGUCUGAUAACUCCACUCACAAUCUGCGGGGGAUAAUCCCGCGCAGCUUUGAAUACCUCUUCUACCUGAUCAAUCGUGAAAAGGAAAAGGCUGGAGAAGGCAAGAGUUUUCUCUGCAAAUGCUCCUUCAUUGAGAUUUACAACGAACAAAUAUUUGAUCUUCUGGACCCGGCAUCGUCGGGUCUGUUUCUGCGAGAGAACAUAAAGACGGGUGUCUUUGUGGAAGGAGUGAUUGAACAGGUGGUGACGUCAGCUGCUGAAGCCUACCAGGUGUUGUCUGUGGGAUGGCGGAACCGAAGUGUUGCUUCCACUUCCAUGAACCGAGAGUCCUCGCGAUCACAUGCCGUCUUUGCACUCGCCAUCGAGUCGAAGGAAAAGACCAGCGCCCUGGUCAAUAUCCGAAUGUCACGCCUAAACCUGGUUGAUUUAGCGGGAUCAGAACGGCAGAAAGAUUCGCAAGCAGAAGGGCAACGACUAAAGGAGGCGAGCAAUAUAAACCGGUCGCUGAGUUGCCUGGGCCAUGUCAUCAUGGGGCUUGGUGACGUGGCAAAUGGGAAGAGUCGGCACAUUUCCUACAGAGAUUCCAAGCUCACCUUCCUGCUACGGGACUCUCUUGGGGGAAAUGCCAAGACCUACAUCAUUGCAAAUGUGCACCCGGGCUCCAAGUGUUUUGGUGAAACGCUCUCCACUCUGCAGUUUGCCCGUAGGGCCAAGCUGAUCAAAAAUAAAGCUGUGAUCAAUGAAGAUACUCAAGGAAAUGUCCACCACCUCCAGGCAGAAAUUAAGAAGCUGAAAGAACAGAUUUGUGAGCUGGCCAAGGGACAAACAACACAGGAGGUUGACCCCAGGCCAGAUACCGAGCCUGUGAAAGGACUUGGCGGCGACUGGAAGGAUCGCUUUCUGCAAGCUAUGCUUCUCUGGGAAACGAGUGAAAGUCAAAACCAGGCCCUGAAGGAGAAGAUCGGGCAACUCAAGGAUGUGUGCAGCAAAAAGGAAAGGAUUAAUCAGUCGACCAAGAUGAUAGUGAAGUUCCGGGAGACCAACAUCGCACAUCUGGAGAAGAUAGUGAGCGGUUGCCACGCCGGCCUCUCUCCGGAUGACAAGGAUACGGCCAUCGGGGAACUGAAAGAAGAAAUCCAGAUUUUAAAAGAGCAGAUUGUACAAGACUCGCGGGUAGUCACUUAUGCCAUCGAGAAUCGUGCUCUACGGGAAGAAAACAAAUACCUGAGCUCCUUGGAACAUGUGAAGCAGGCCAAGGAGCUCAGCUUGCGGAGGGCAGCUGAACUGGAACGGGCCUUUUUGGAAGCCUCUACCUUGGAGAAAAAUGCUGGAGUUCGGGCCUUGUACCCGUCUCCUGCCAAGAUCGAGAACGUCUCGGCGGUGUCUCAGCAACGGCUGAAAGCUCGACUUAUUCAGGCACAGAAUGACUGGUCCUCCGUGAAGCAGGAGUUUGAGGAGUUCCAGGAACUGACCAAGAAGAAACAAAUCGAGUUGGAAUCAGAAGUCCAAACCCUUGAAAAGGCCAAUCAACAUUUGGAAAAUAUCCUGGAGGCAACAAAAGCUCACAAGCGCCAGGAGGUCUUGCAGCUGAAUAAGAUGCAUGUUGAGACCAUUAAGAACAUGACUACUCCCACAAAGUCUGCUUGGAACGUGGCUUUACAAACUAGUCCUGAGGGAAGCCCGGGGGUCUGUGCGGAGAUGGAGGCAGGAGGUCAGAACGGUGCAGUGAUGAACCAGUCUCUGCCCCUCGACAUGAAUGAACAAGCUUACGAAGCCAUCGCUGAAGAGCUUCGAUUAGUUCAGGAACAGCUGACCGAUCUCCAGACCAGGCUGGAUGAAGAAGAGAGCAAAAAUGUCAAACUGCAGCAGAACAUCGACAAGCUGGAAAACCACUCUGCCAAGCUGAACAAGCUGCUCACCUCUGAACGAAAUGAUAGGAACAAAAGCCAGCAGGAUCUCCAGACAAAGAACAAAUCGCUGGAGAAUGAGCUGCAGGACAGUCUGAGCCAAAACAACAUAUUGCGGAGUGAAGUGCAUGACCUGCGCAUUGUGCUGCAGUCUGCUGACAAGGAGCUCCGAGCCGUGAAGGAGGAGUACCGUUCCUACAAGGCCCAGCACGAUGCUGACCACUUCCACCUCUCAGACCAGUUUAUAAAGGUUCAGCUGGAGCUGGAUAAAAUCAGGUUGGAGCAUGAAAGAAUCCUGGAGCAGAAGCGCUCUCUCCAAGAUACCAACGACAAUCUCCUGGAGGUCAUGAGAUUCAAAGAGUAUGAAGCUGACCAACUGCGUGAGCGCCUGGAACAGAUGAAGGAGGAGGCAGAAACUCUGCAGUCUGAGAUUAGUGCGCUGAUGGAACCUCCUGAAGCUGAAAAACAACAAAGCCAAAUGCUUGCUUCACAACUUCAACAAGACAUCGAAAACAACUCCAAGGAGCUUCUGAAGGCUUUGAAUGAGAAAGAACUUCUAAAGAGAGAAACCUCGGAGUUGUUGUUGAAGUCCGAGAAGCAGGCACUGGAGCUGAAGCGGAUGGAGCAGAGCCUGGCUGAUGCAAAACUGUCUCUGUGUGAUGUGGAGAAGAAGCACAACGCUGAUCAGGAUGUGGUGAGGGAACUGAAGAGUCAAAUACAAGAAAUGAGAAACACUUGCAGUCAAAAAUCUGAGAAUGUUUCUGCUUUGACUCAAGAACUGGAGGCUAUCAAAUUGCAGUACAGUGCUGCAGUGGCUGUGAAGGAGGACAAUAAAGCCAUGCUUGAAAGCAAGGAGCAAGAGGUCAUGGAGAUGAGAGCGGCCGUGGAUAGAAUGAAACAAUCUUGUAAUGUUCAGUUGGAGAUGUUGUACGAAGACCUCACCAACACCUCCCAGCAUCUGGAGCAGCAAACAGAACAUUCGAGAGAAAUGGCCGCUAAAUUACAGCUGAUGCAGGAGGAAGCCGAGAACAACGUGAAAACCAUGGAGCAUCUCCACAGCCAGCUUCAGACAAAAGAUGGUGAAAUUCGAGCUUUGAAAUGUGAAUCUGAAGGGAAUGGUCAGCAGGGUGAAUCCUUGAGACAAACCCCUACCAACACGCGGACCCCGCGUUCACUCAAGUCUCCCGUCUAUCCGCUCUGGACCCCCGAGCUGCGGCAGAGGCCGGGAGAGGGGACGGCGUUCCACGCCAGCGUCGAGGUGUUGGAGGAGAUGGAGCGGGAGCGGACCACCAGGAACAAACAGGUUCUACAACUACAGAACCAGUUGCAUGAAUCAAAGAGUCAGCUUUUGGAGAUGGAGGCUUUGGAGAGACGGUGUCGGGAGUUGGAGCGAUGCCUGGAACGAGCAGAGAACAGUGCAACAGCUGAGCCACAGCAUCUCAAUGACUUGGAGAAGAAACUGGUAGAAGAAUCGGAUGUCAAGGAAGUUCUAGCAGAAAAGUUGUCACGUACGGAGAUUGAAUUAAAUGUGAACAAAACGUCCCUGGACUCUCUUCAGCUCGAUGUCACCAAAUGCCAAGAGGAACUUGAGCGCACCAGGAGAUUAGAAGUCAAAGCCUUCGGUGAGAAGGAAGAGUUUCGCUCAGCCCUGGAAUGUGCGAAUGAAGAGGGAGAGAGACUGCUGUGGGAAGUCACAACUCUGCGGAGCCAGGUUGACAACCUGACUGAGGAGAAUGGGAAACUGGUCGGGCACACCAACCUGCAGCAAAAAAUCCAGUAUUUGGUCAAAGUCAAGAAAGAGAACUCUCGACUCUUGGAGGAAAACAAUUUGCUGAAACUGGAGAAUCUAAAAUUGAGAGAACACAAGAAGUCCGAACUGAACGAGGUUUCCCUGCUCGACACCACAGACUCGAUGGAACAAGACUGAAACGUAUAGCAAUAUUGAUCGGCCCCUCGUAAAUGUUCUUCCUACCAAUCCCCUCCAGGGUGAAGCCCCUCCGAUUACCCACCACACUAUGGCGGCAAAAGGUCGUCUACACUUCCCUUCGACCCCUCACCCGCUCAACUCGAAGGGAAACCAUUCCCAGCCUUCUCCCCGAUCUCCUCAUUUAUCCCUCAAUCAUGACCCCACUCUCCAUCCCAGGGCAAACGGACCCCUCCCCUCAUCUCAGGCAACCCUCUGGUGAAACCCCCCUGGUGAGAAGGUCCUCGACACCCUCUCGCGUGUUACUUCACCUUUCCGAGGAUGCGGGUUCAUUUUGUACAUUAUUUUGAUACUGCCUUCUGGUAAAUGGCACCAAUUUUAUUGAUGUAGUAAUUGUAUUAAAGACAGUUUCUGAA